AAAAAAAAUAUAUAUAUAUUAAAAUUAAUUAAGUGAUAUUGCAUAAAUUCAAAAUGACCAUCAAACGUUUAAAGUGUGACUUGAGUCCCCAGGUAACCACUUGCCUCAAACUUGAUGACUAUGUGCGGCCCGACUGCUGCCAGAUACGAAAGCCCAUACCCUACGAUGCAGAAUGCUUCCUGAGUGAUAUCGGGAAGGAGCUGAAUCAGCUCUACGAUCGCCACAAUCGCAUGUUUGUCAAGCGUAAGCGAAUAAUGGAACUGUCCAUACCCAGAGUGCGCCAGUGUCGAUUUGUGCCCAAGUGCUCUUGUCCGUUUACAAAAAAUAUCGAAAUAGUGCCAGCGCAGUUUCCCGUCUACACGCGUACCGAGCAAUUGGCCUUGCCCACAGUAAGACGACUGACUUACCGUAGACAGGAUGCCAUUAGCAAGGGCGAUAAGAUCGGUGAAAGCAUAUUGAACCGUUGGCUUCGCUAUAGCAUUUUGUCAUUGUACAGUCGGCUGGGCAAUGUGCAGCCAAUGAAAAAGCCCAUUAAGAAGAAGAAGCAAACCAGAAAGCAAAAGAUACGACAUGCUGAAUACAUAUCCAAACUGGCGGUGCCAAAGGUGCCACUCAAGCCACCAAAGCCCGAACGCAAAGCGGGUCAGAUUAAUGAGCGCCGCAUUAAGAAGCUGUCGCGUCCCAAAACUUAUGUGGAGGAUAUUAAGCCUGACUGGGAGUUUACAAAGGGCAUGCGCAAGUAUAAGGCGUCGGAUCGUAUCAAGAUUAUAUCAACACCAGUUGAUCGUCCCAAUGUGCACGUCAAUGAGAAUCCAGGGAAAAUAUCGCCCAAUGCGCUUAAAUAUAAACCGAGCGAGCGCAUCAAGGAGAUGUCGGAGCCUUUGGCUUCGCAUGAUGCGAAUGCGGGUCUUGUCGAUAUCAAGGACGAUCCUUUUGCCAUUUCACCCAAUGCGCUCAAAUACAAGAUCACGUCGCGCAUGAAGGAGUUGGCCGAGCCAAAGGAGUUCGAAAAUACACACAUACGCGAAAAUCCUUUUGCCAUCUCGCCAGCAGCGCUAAAGGCCAAGGCCUCGCCACGUUUGAUCGAACUGGCCAAGCCGAAGGGCUCGUAGCAUAUUGUCUAAUUAUUUGGUUCUUUGUCGUUUGGCUUACUGUAAAAUAUAUUGUACCUUUAACAAAUGUAUUUAAUUUAUUUGAAUUUUGUUUAUUUGUCGCCAUUACAGUGAACACUUGUGAUACCAUUGAAUUCGUUAUCAAAUUAACAUAAACUAUGAGUUGUUGAUUGCAAAGUAUGAUCGCAUUGUAAGUUUCUUUUUUUUUUCUUUGUGUGGCACAAAAUAAUAAUACGCAUUAAAAAUACAAA